AUGAAAUUAUGGUGCCUGUUUGUCGUAUUCUUAAUUAUUACAAUCUCAACAUCAUUUGUUUAUUCCAAUGAUUCUAAUAUAAUAUUAGAUUCAUCAAAAAAUAUGAAAAAAAUCCCAUCAAAUAUACAAUUAUCAUCAUUUAUGAAAAAAGAUCGAUUAAUUACUAAACGUUCACAACGUAAUGCAAAUAUUCUCUAUCGAUAUUGUCGUCAAUCUGGUCAAGCACGACAAUUUUGUCUAAAAUAUGCUGUUCGAAUGUUAUAUGCUACCGGACAUUGA